AGUGGGCGGGGGUUGCCCCUCGUCCCCUCCCCUCCCUUCCCGAGGCCCCGGCCACGCUUCGGGCUGGCGGCGCGCGGGUGAGUCAGGCCGGGUUUUCCCUCCGCCUCUGGGGCAUGCGAGCCAGCGCCACCGCCACCGCGCGCGUCCCUCCCUCGCCAAUCCGGCUCCGGCGCCCGCCCGCCCGCCCGCCCGUGUUUUCCCGACGCCUGCCGCCCCGCCGCCCCGGCCCGGCUCCCAGUCUCCGCGGGGCCGGCGCCCUGGAAGGAGGGUUCGAAUCCGCGCGAGGGAAGUGCGGCGCGCGGGGUGCGGAGCGGCGCCGGCAUGAAGCAGCUGCCUGUGCCGUGUUGAAACUUCAUGGACACAGCCCCAGGCCCUGCUGGCAUUGCCAUGGGCAGCGUGGGCAGCCUGUUGGAACGGCAGGACUUCUCCCCUGAAGAGCUACGGGCGGCGCUUGAGGGGUCCCGAGGCUCCCGCCAGCCUGAUGGGCUCCUCCGGAAGGGCUUGGGCCAGCGUGAGCUCCUCAGCUACUUGCACCUCCCUAAGAAAGACGGCAAGACCGCCAAGCGGGCUGCUCGGAACGAGCCUGCCGACUAUGCCACCCUCUACUACCAGGAACAUCCCCGGGCUGGUGACUUCAGCAAGACCUCGCUGCCCGAGCGGGGACGUUUUGACAAGUGCCGUAUUCGCCCGUCGGUGUUCAAGCCCGUGGCGGGCACCGGGAAAGGCUUCCUGUCCAUGCAGAGCCUGGCGGCCCACAAGGGCCAGAAGCUGUGGCGCAGCAACGGCAGUCUGCACACGCUGGCCUGCCACCCGCCCCUGAGCCCGGGGCCCCGGGCCAGCCAGGCACAGGCCCGUGCCCAGCUGCUGCACGCCCUCAGCCUGGACGAGGGGGGCCCCGAACCCGAGCCCAGCCUGUCCGACUCCUCCAGCGGGGGCAGCUUUAGCCGAAGUCCCGGCAUGGGCCCCGGCCCCUUCAGCUCCUCCUUGGGCCACAUCAAUCACCUCGGGGGUUCCCUGGAUCGCGCCUCUCGGAGCCCAAAGGAGGCUGGGCCGCUGGCCGGGUUGAGCUGCCUGCCUGAGCCCCCGCCGCCCUAUGAGCUCUCAUGCCACACUGCCGACGAGGUGGUGGCCAUGCUCCCCGACACCUGUGAGGACCUGAAGAGAGGCCUCAGUGACCAGGACGGCGCCAAUCACUUCACGCAGGUGCUGGAGGAACGCCAGCGUCUGUGGCUGUCUGAGCUGAAGCGCCUGUACCUGGAGCGGCUGCACGAGGUGGCCCAGAAGGCCGAGCGCAGCGAGCGGAACCUCCAGCUGCAGCUGUUCAUGGCCCAGCAGGAGCAGCGGCGCCUGCGCAAGGAGCUGCGGGCCCAGCAGGGCCUGGCCACCGAGCAUCGGCCGCCAGAGGCGGACCCCAACACUCGGCCGGAGGAGGAAGCGCGGUGGGAGGUGUGCCAGAAGACGGCGGAGAUCAGCCUCCUGAAGCAGCAGCUGCGGGAGGCCCAGGCCGAGCUGGCACAGAAGCUGGCCGAGAUCUUCAGCCUAAAGACACAACUCCGGGGCAGCCGGGCACAGGCCCAGGCCCAGGACGCGGAGCUGGCCCGGCUGCGGGAGGCUGUGCGGAGCCUGCAGGAGCGGGCCCCCCGGGAGGAGGCCCCAGGGAGUUGUGAGACCGAUGACUGCAAGAGCCGGGGGCUGCUGGGCGAGGCGGGAGGCGGUGAGGCCGGGGACGGUGCCGCCGAGCAGCUGCGGGCCGAGCUGCUGCAGGAGCGACUCCGGGGCCAAGAGCAGGCGCUGCGCUUCGAGCAGGAGCGGCGGACCUGGCAGGAGGAGAAGGAGCGGGUGCUGCGCUACCAGCGGGAGAUCCAGGGGGGCUACAUGGACAUGUACCGCCGCAACCAGGCGCUGGAACAGGAACUGCAGGCGCUGCGGGAGCCCUCCGCGCCCUGGAGUCCUCGGCUUGAGUCCUCCAAGAUCUGAGGCCCGUGGAGAGAGCUGACGGCAGAAGCACUGCCAGAAGAAGGCUUGGGCAAGCCCUCCCUGAGACAGCCGGCUCCUUCCAGACAUUGAUCUGGGGCAGGAUCUGACGAAGCCAGCCAGGGGCGGGGAGGAUCACCGAGAGGAGGGAUCCCGGUGGGGCUGUGGGCUGGGGAGGGUGCCAGCAGCAGGAGCCAGGCCCCUGCAGGGCCCAGCCUGCUCCUGGGGUAGGUGUGGCCCUAGGAGAGGGAGACUGGGAGAUAAGGCGCUCAAGAUGUAGAUGGGCAGGCGUGAGGGAGGAAGGCUGGGAAGAUAACAUUGGCCUCCCCCGGAAUAAAAGCACGUUUUCUAUAGGAGGCCCUUGGUGAUACGUUGGGCCUGUCCCCGGCCUAGAUCAAGCGUGGUUGGGGUUAGGGGACUGUGGACCUGGACUAUAGCUCCUCCAGAGUCCUGGUUCGUGGGAGGUUGUACCCCGUUCCUGUGUGCACAGCUGCUGGGCCCGUGUGUUGGCAAGUGGAGGAGUCCUCCUCCUUGCCCCAGCGCCACAUGGUUCCGUAGCUGCCGUGUGGGCUGAAAUUCCUUUCUUCAGCACCAGUGGGAUUUUUCUGAAGGAACGAUGCCAGGGAACCCGGGAAAACAAAAGGGCAAGUCACCCAAGGCGUUGCUAGAACAUGAAACCUCUCGGUGGAAAGUCAGCCCCCGUGCCCAGGCCCCUGCUGGGUUUAGGGCUAGCCUGAGACUGCCUCUUCUGGCGCUCCCUAAGGCUCCUGUAGGGACCUGUCCCUCCCAGAACCCACCUCUCACCUUCCUGUCUGGCAGUGGUUCACCCCCCCACCCCCCUCCAUAGGGAUGGGGCUUUGGGAAGGUGCGGGAGACAGGCAGAGAAAGCUUGGGUGUCAGUGGGUAAUGAGCCUUUGCCACUGCAAGGAACGUGGACAUUUCCCCAUAGGCAUGGAGGACCCUGGAAAAUUUUUAAGCAGGGGUGAAAUAGGAGCUCAUUUGUGUUCUGGGAAGCAGCCCCUGCCUCUCAGAGACCUGGCUUCCUCUCUGGGCCUUUGCUCCCUCCCGGAGGGUGGCAUGGUGCACAGAGCCAGACUGGCUGUGCAGGUAGCAUCUCCCCACCCCUUGCCCUUGUAGUGAAGCUCGGCGCCCUUACAGGUGAAUCAUUGUGACUGCUGGCAUGCAUUGAGGGCUUCCCCUCUGCCAGGCAGUUAGGCUGCCAGGGCAUGGGGGCUCAGGCUUGAAUCUUUCUGCCCCAGGGGAAGCAGCACACAGAGACUUCUCCCCUCCCAGUGUCUGCUGGUGGGGCAGGCACUUCUCAGCAGAGAUUCCCCAGUUUGCUCCCAGUGGCCGUGCCCUGCCCUCCUCGCCAAGCCUGGCAGCCGCUGAGGCCCCAGCAGGUGGGGCCUGUGCAUGGGGUGUGGAUAGGGCUGUAGAGUGUGAGCCAGUGUGCCCUGCCUUUUCAGGGUGGAGAGGGGUGUGUGAAUUGACUGCCAAGGGGAUGGUGUGUCUGGCCCUGUCAGUGGCAGGUGUGUGUAGAGAUGUGCUGUGGGCGGUAGGUGUGUCUGAGGGGGUGUGUUUGGGGCUUCUGGGCUGCUUCCGGCCACUCCCUCUGCUCCAUUACUUGCCCCCUGGCUCCAGUCCCUUUAGCUAGUGGAACCUGUGUCCAGGGCAGACCCCCGGGCCUAGCUAAGACCCAUCUAGGCCCACCCCUCAGCCUGGGGAGGGAGAGGGAACACCUGGGUCAGUUCCUCACAGGCCUUAGUAUCCAUUUCAGACCCUCCCAAUCCAAGGUUUCUGGGCCAGUGGCCCUCAGGCGGGCCCCCUCUGCCCCCGCAGCUGAGUGCUGGCCUGAAGUCGGGGCCACUCCCUCCUCAGGGCCUGGAGCUAGUUGGGCUGGGUGCCCGCAUGCCCUGCAAUGGCCAGGGUCCACUUUUCCAUGUACCACCUCUGCAGAACAGCUCCUCACCCUACAAUUAGAGAGCUGGGCCUGCCAGUACUGCCAGUGGGGAGUGGGUGGGCGGUACCAAAACUUGGCAGCUAUGCCAGAAACCAAGACCAGGCCCAGAUGCAGGGGGAGGGCUCAAGGGAGCCAAGCUGAGGUGUCUCAGAGGAAACUUGAUCCCUAUUAGCUCAUCCCUGCCUGGCAAACCAGUUCGGAGUCCCCAAGCCAGCUUGGUGGCUCUAGGGCUCUGGGGCCAGACAAUUACAGGUGCCCCUGUAGUGGCUGCUGCUUCAGGGCAGCUCUUCCCUCCUGCCCCUGCAGGCCCCCGGAGCCCCCUCCACCAGCAGAAUAGGCACAGACAGCCAAUUCUUCAGAACUGUGGUGAGCCCCACUCUGGGCUCCCUACCCCUGGUCCCUCCUUUUCUCAGCUCAGAUGGUGUCAUGCUCCCUGGGCCCCUAAGCCUGUCACUUGAAGCCUCUGGCAGUCUAUCCCCCUGAGAUAGGGGUGCCCCUUCAGAUCCAGCAGCCCUCUGGGCCUUCCUUCUCUAGGCAAAGCCCCCUCACUGUGCUCACAUCUUGUCUCAUCAAGGAAGCCUUUUUUCUUUUUUAAAAAUAUUUUAUUUUUAUUGAUUUCAGAGAGGGAGAUAGAAAUAUCAAUAAUGAGAGAGAAUCAUUGAGCAGCUGUAUCCUGCACACCCCCCACUGGGAAUCAUGCCCUGACCAGGAAUUGAACCGUGACUUGGCUCAAAGGUGGACGCUUAACCACUGAGCCACAUCGGCUGGACAGGGAAGCCUUUUCUGAAGUCAGGGCAAUCCACUUCCCUGUGCCCAUAGCUCUCACAUGCCUCUCCACCAGCUCUUUCUAUGCUGCUGGGAUUGUCCCUUCAUCUCUGGACUGUGGGCCUUGCCCAGCCAGAGCUAUGUCUUGUUUUUGUUGUUUGUUUUAUAAUAUAUUUUUUAUUGAUUUCAGAGAGGGAGAGGGAGAGAGAUAGAAGCAUCAAUGAUGAGAGUGAAUCAUUGAUUGGCUGCCUUCUGCAUGUCUCACACUGAGGAUUGAGUUUGCAACCUGCGCAUGUGCCCUAACCAGGAAUCAAAUCGUAACCGGCUGGGCUCAUGUCCUGUUUUUAUCCCUAGAGCCGUUCUGCUCCAACCCCAGAAAGCGCUGGGGAGCUUUGGAGUCCAGAAGGACCAGACCCCUCCCCUGACGGACAUGGGUUUGAGCUGGUGGGAAAGAUUCCUGCUCUGAGUGUUCAUUCCCCCAUGGGCAUCAGAUGUGAACCAGGUUUGUCAAGCUCCAGGGUGCCGGAGCUAGGUGCCACUCACUGCACAGUGAUGUGUCGCUGCCUCCCUCAGGGCCUGGCGUGGUUCCCAGGUGAGGAAUCCGAUGUGGCCAUGGCCUCUGCCUUCUUGGCCCUUUCCCCGGUGGGCGGAGGAAGGAGACAACACACAUGGCCAUGUAGUGACAGAGCCAGUCAGGAGCCAGGACAGUGCAGAUGUAGCGAUCAAGUCAGAGAGUGAAGGAGGCAGGCAGAAAGAGCGUGAGAGGAAAUUUCUGAGACGGGCUGAGGCUGUAGGUAUAGUGAUCCUGUCUCCGCAGACGAUGCAGGCCCACGGUGACAAUCCAUCACCUUGUGGGGCCAGGCUUCACCCAUUAUACUGGAUUCAGGAAAGAAAAAGAAUGUGUGGUUUCCUACAACAAAAGUGAAAUAUGUCACGUGAGAGGAGGUGGGAGUGGCGUGGGAGUUCAGAGAAGUGGGCUCACUUAUCCAGGUGCUGGAGUGGGGUGAUAAAGGUUGACCAAACUUUGGUUAAGCUAUUUUAAUUAAUUUUUUUUUUUUUAGAGAGAGGAAGGAAGAGAGAGUAACAUCCAUGUGAUAGCACGACAUGGAGGGAAAAAAUAUCCUCUGGUGAGGAUUAACAACAAAAAAACCUUGAAUGGCUGCCUCCUGCACGCCCCCUGCUGGAAAUCCAUCCCAACUGUUUGGUGCAUGGAUGAAACCAAACCAACAGCCAGGGCUUGUGAGGCUCCUCUGAGCUCUUUUUGACGAGGCCUGAUCUUGGAAGGUGUCCUUUCUUGUUCAGUCCAUCUCUAGCAAGAAUCCUUAGUUUAGCCAGAAUUGCCCAUCCUCUAUACUAGAUUCCCCUGCACAUUUAAUUUGGUUUCUCCUCCUCCACGGGUCACUGGCCUGCCUUCAGUGAGAAUCCUGUGGUCUAUUUAGCCAGAAUGCCCUCUACUCCUGAGGUUUUCUCAUAUUAAUUUUCUUUUCUUUUUAAAACAUAUAUUUUUAUUGAUUUCAGAGAGGAAAGAAGAGGGAGAGAGAGAUGGAAACAUCAAUGAGGAGAGACUAUCAUUGAUUGGCUGCCUGCUGCAUAUACCCCCAUUGGGGAUCAAGCCUGGAACCCUGGCCUGUGCCCUGACCGGGAAUCAAACCUUCAUCUCCUGGUUCAUAGGUCGAGACUGUCAACCACUAAGCCUCGCCAGCCGGGCUUAGUAACUUUCCACCCACUGACCCCAGCCUGGUCCUUGGCCAUAAAUGCUACUUUUCCUUAUUGUGUUUGGAGUUGAGCCCACUCUCUGUCCCAUACUAUAAAUCUCCAUCGCUGUAGUCCUUCUUGAAUAAAGACUUCCUUACCAUUCUAA